AUGAGAGCUUUCGUCGCAGUCCUUUGCAUUAUCGCCGCAGUAUCUGCUCGCUCUGUCCAGAAGCGUAGCGAAUCAGAUCACUGGGAGGCAACAUGGCUAAGCAGUGAGGAGGAUAUAAGAAGAGCUAGCAAGGAAGAAGUUGGUGCCAUCAAGGGAAAAUUACUGAGAGACGUUGAAGGAGUAGAUGGCGCUCUGGAACGAUUAUUGACUGGCAAGGGAAAUGAAGAAGAUGAGAAAAAAGCCGCCGAUGCUCUCACAGGAGCAGUUAUGCUGACCCUCAUGGAUGCUGAAGAAGAUGCCGUCAAACCAGAAAAACUUGAAGUCCCAGAUGAAUGCACUAGGGAGACAAUCGGAAACUUGGAUGGUUGUGAGUCUCAGUUUGUACGUAUUGGACAGUGCCUGAGAGGCGCCUGCGCAGCCGUGAAAGACGCACUGAGGUCUGAUAGAGACGUCGUCGAAAAAGUUGCCUUCACUAAAGGUGUUAUUGUUUUGCUCGCUUCCGGAGCAGAGGACGUCGGAAAACUUGCCAAAUCUUGCGGAUAUGCCAAGAAGAGAGAAUUUGAGGAUUGGGCUAAGGCCGGUCUCGUCAGUGAAGCAGAUCUGAAAAACAUCGAUCCUGCUGAAAUUGAGAAAGUUGGAAAGAACUUGAGGGACGAUAUGGAGGAGAUUGGAAAGGAUCUUGACGCACUUCUAGAAGAAGGUGUCGAUGGCCCAGCAGCUGAAGCUGUGGAGAAACAUCUUGAAGCCUCUGUAGGUCUUGCUGUAUUGCACGAGGAACAAGGAGCUGGCUCUAUUCCCCCCGCAAAAGUCAAGAUCCCAAAAGGUUGCAGAAAAGAGGAUUUCGGAACCGACUGUGAGGAGAACUUCAAGAGAGUUGUUGGCUGUCUGAAGAAGGCUGUUGAUGGAAUGAAGGAAGCCUUUGACAGUGAUGCACCAGUUCCCAAAAAGAUUUCUAAAGUUAAAGGAAUUGUUGGACUCGUAGCCAAGGCCGCUGGUCCCAUCAAACAAUUACACGCUGCCUGCACACAAAAGAGAUCUUUCUCCAAGUUCUUGAAUUAAAUGACUGCCAUUAUUUCCUGAUAGAUGACGGGUAUAUGUCCAUGGACCGAAGAAAUUAUUAUUGUUUUUUAUUUGUAUCAAUAAAUGUUUUGCAAAGUAAGAAACCAGUGUCAUUAUUAUUCAAAGUUCCUCCUACUGUUAGACUUAUAUUAAUGAU